AUGUGUCCCACCUGCCCCCCCUCCGCCGCCUCUGCCUCGUCAGAAAACAACAACACGGACAACAACGACCACCUAGUCCUCUCCUCAGACUCCUCCCACCCCGCGAACCUUAUCCCCGCUCUCUGCGCCAAAUUCUGGACAUUAGGUUGGGUAACCGGCACAGGCGGCGGCGCCUCGAUCCGCGACAAUGACCUCGUCUACCUUGCGCCGUCCGGCGUCCAAAAAGAACUCAUGAAACCCGAAGACAUUUACGUCCUGUCCCUCGCUGCCCAAGCCACCUCUCCCAACCCUAAACAGCGCGUGUACCUGAGGUCUCCGGCGAACUACAAACCCUCGCAAUGCACACCCCUCUUCCUCGCCGCCUUCACGAAACGCAACGCAGGUUGUUGCAUCCACACGCACUCGCACUGGGCUGUUCUCGUCACUCUCCUUCUCGAGCGCGAGCGUAGCAGUAAGGAAGGGGAUGAAGAAAAGGGAAAAGUGUUUGAGAUCAACAACAUUGAGCAAAUCAAGGGAUUCGGUCGCGGGUUCGGGAAGAGUGGGAACUUGGGAUAUCAUGAUACGUUGAGGAUUCCUGUGAUCGAGAAUACGGCGCAUGAGGAGGACUUGACGGAGUUUUUGGAGGAGGCGAUGGAUAAGUACCCGGAUACGUAUGCGGUGCUGGUGCGGAGACAUGGCGUUUAUGUGUGGGGGGAGAAUGUGCAUAAGGCGAAGACUAUGUGCGAGAGCUUGGAUUACCUCUUCCAACUCGCCGUCGAGAUGAAGCAGCUCGGUCUUCCCUGGAUUACCGACAUCGAGCCUACCAUUCCUACCAGGAAGUAA